AUGAUUCGUCGUUUAUCAUCUGGAGUCGUUGAUACAGCUCGCCGACUAUCGACGGAAGUCGUUUCAGUUGCGCGAAGAUUGUCCACUGGUAAUAUCAAUCAGCCACAACGCAUGCCAUCGUUCACCGAUGAUACUGAAAUGAGCAACAUUCCUACUGUAGCAAGUGAAGUUCAAAUUGAAGCAUUCAAAGAUCUUCUGGCUGGUGCUGCUCUCUGUAAUAAUGCCGAAAAACAAUUGGUACAAGAUGCACAACUCGGACAAGAUAUAUCAAAAAUGAAAACCGAAUUGCGUCUUGUGGGCGAUGCUGCUGAUACAGCUCUCUAUAAUCUAUGUGUCGAUCGGUGUUAUGUUGAUAUUGAUACGGUACGCAAAAACAACUCUCGUUUGAAAGUAUUACCAUUCAAUUCAUCGAAUAAAUUUAUGAUUGUGGCUAAUGAACUUCAAUCAGUUGAUCCGUCUGUAUUGGAAAGCGAACGUACCGUUUUGAUUACAAUGAAAGGUGCACCAGAUAUUGUUAUCCAACGUUGUUCAUCAUACAAAACCCAAAAAGACGAGAUUUUGGAAUUGAAUGCCGACAUGAAACGGACACUAUUCAAUCGACAAGAAGAAUUAGGCAAAAAUGGUUAUCGCGUCAUCGCCAUGUGUCAACAGAAAACUACUCGACCACAGUAUGAUCAAAUGAUUGAGCGAUAUACAGCAGAACAACGUUCACAAUCAGCGGUAACCGAAGAUUUGAAUGGGUUUCCGUCGGGUGACUAUUGCUUUAUUGGUCUCUUCUCAUUACUUGAUCCUCCUCGAACGGAAGUGCCUGAUUCCGUCCUCAAAGCUCGCCGUGCUCAAAUUCGUGUGGCCAUGGUCACUGGUGAUCAUCCGACGACGGCCAAAGCAAUUGCAAAGCAAGUACAUAUUUUCACACCGGAAAUCGCAGAAAUAAACGGUGUGGACUCGUUUAAAAUGGAACAUGAUGCUAGUGGUCAACCUAUUCUCAAUUUGUACCGAAAUGAGAAAUUACUGAAACAGCACGCACCUGGUCAAGUGACACGAGUUGAUCCAGAAAAUAAAAGUGCCAAAAGUAUGGUGAAGCAGGCUGAAAUUGACGCUGGUGAUGCUGAACCGGAUCCACUACCACCCUGGUACAAGCGAGCUUGGGCAUCGUGCCGAAAUCAAUUCAGUGAACCGAAAUCAGAUCUUCCACAAGCGACUAAAAUGGAAUAUAUUCCCCAUGCUAUUGUGGUUGCCGGUGCUGAAAUCGGUUUUAUGGAUGAUUUAAUGUGGGAUUGGGUAUUGUCUCAUCAAGAGUUGGUUUUUGCACGAACAUCACCUGAACAAAAAUUACGCAUAGUUGUAGAAUUUCAACGACGUGGCGAAGUCGUGGCAGUGACGGGUGAUGGAACUAACGAUGCACCAGCACUCAAGUGUGCUCAUCUCGGUGUAGCCAUGCAAUCGGGUACAGAAGUAUCCAAAGAAGCUGGCGACAUGAUUCUACUCGAUAAUAAUUUUUCAUCGAUCAUUCAAGCCAUCGAAACUGGUCGUUUAUUGAGUGACAAUUUGAAGAAAGUGGCCAUCUAUUUGCUACCUGGAGGUUCGUGGUCGCAAAUUUGGCCUGUUUUCUUUAAUCUCUGGUUCGGCAUGCCAUUGGCUCUUUCUGCCUUUUGGGCUACAGUUUUCUGCAUGCUAAAUGAUGUAUUCAUGUCCCUUGCCAUGGUUACAGAAAAGCCUGAACGUGAUAUUAUGUCUCGACCACCGUCGAUUCGUGAGAAAGAUCAUCUACUCAAUCUAAAAUUGCUCGUUCAUGCCUAUUUAUUGGUCGGAAAUUUCGAGUGCUUCACUGCAUUCUUUUGCUUUUGUUACUAUUGGAUUGAUAAUGGCGUCCCUUUCUAUUCAUUCAUGUUUACUUUUGAAAAAUUCGGCAUCGAUCCUGUCACGCCAUAUACUACGGAUCAAUUAACACUGAUGACAAAUUCGGCGCAAUCAGUCUACUAUUGUUCAAUGUGCCUUUUUCAAUUUUUUAAUUUUUUCGCCACACGUACUCGAUAUGCAUCGAUCAUCGAACACAAUCCCAUUUGGGGUAAAGGUCAAAACUUAUACAUAUUCGGCGCAAUGCUCAUUUCGAUCACUAUUCAAUUACUUCUAACACUCAUUGGUUGGUUCAACCGUGUGUUUGGCACAGGUCGAGUGCCAGUCAAAUAUGUUAUGCCAACACUUGGAUUCGGCAUGCUCUGGUUGAUAAUUGAUGAGUUGAGAAAAUUUUGCGUGCGCAAAUAUCCCCGUAGUAUUAUUGCACGAAUUGCUUGGUAAAAGACAUCCAUAGUUUUUUUUUCGCUUUUUACUAAUCUAACUAUAUGCGAGAGUUCUGGAAUUUCAUUAUACUAAUAAACUAGAAAGCAACUAAUUUAGUUUGAAUUUCAUAUGAUUGCGUCUUCUUAUUGUAUUUUUUACUAAUAUCUAUCAAUAAAAAUCUAUGAAACUUUCAAAGUCAUAUUUUGGUUGAACUUGAAGAAAGAUUCGAUUUGACAGUGCUCGGAGUACAUUGUCCUUUCAUGCAUUUCUCAAAUGAUCAAUAAGUAUCAUUUUUCUACUAUGGGCAUAUACUACCGAGUGAUUUCCAGUGCUCAUUUUCAUAGUUUUUCUUUCCGAUUUAGGUUUCAAGUCUUUCCAGUAGUAAUGUCCAUUUAGAGAUGGCCGAGUAACUUUUUUUCCAUCCCAGGCUAGUCAAGUCAUCGAUAUAAAAUGCAAAAUUCCAAGUCAAACGACGAAGCCAAGUCUCUGCUCUGAUCAAGAGAAGUGAAGUCAAGCUUCAAGUGAAAUUUCAAGGCAUCUACUUGAGCUUUUUUCAAGCUUCGGGAUUUACUUAUGUGUCAGUUUACUGAAAAAGUUUUACAACAGUGCCUGAUUACAUUGUCGCAUGGCUAACGUUGGAUAUGGAUGUGUGAGUAGUGUUAUUGUGUGCGAACGUGACGGUCAGUGUGUGUGCGUGAUCGUGUGCAUGCAUGGAUUUGAAUGCAAUUGGCUGAAUAGAUGAAGAGAAAAACUACGCACACAUCUACAUCGACAGCGACACGUAUAUCAACAUCCAAACAGAGACUCGCGCACACACAACUGCAUCCAUAUAUUUGAUAUUAGUGUUGAUUGAGCUUGUAAAGCAGCAAGUUUUACAGAAGGAAUUGAACGUUCAGUUGAGGGCAAAAUGAGUUGUAACGGCGAGCGUUACUUGUAGUAUUGAUGUCCAUAAUAAUAUCGAAGUUCAGUAUGCAUAAUAUUUUGCUCCCAUGGUCGUAGU